AUGAGCAACCCUCAGAACCCGACAACCGGCUCAAGCCCGUCUAGAACCCAGGACUCGAAUAAGCCUGGCUCCACAGCCGACGAACUUCCAAACCCCCUUAAAUCUCGGAGCCUAACCAAGCGCCCACUGAGGGACUUAGUCGCAGAACUCGCUCCAGACAAAGGGUUUCCAGAGACCGAUUUCUUCACCACCUUCAGCGAAGACGGCUCACGUCGUUCGGCACGGGCUAGGAAGCCGAUAGCGAGGAUGUCCCCCGAACCGGUGUCUCCUCCACCUAAACCGCCGAAGACGAAAACGGCGACAAAACACCUGCCCAAACGACCGCGCACGGCGGCAUCCAACCCAUUAGCGGCUAAGGCGAGUUACACCGACACUGGCCGUGACAAAGCGCCAAAAGAGGUCGAAGCAGGACCCUCAUCCGCAGGCACAUCGGAAACCGUCGCGACGCAAGCCGCCGAAGCCUACCUCUCUGACAGCGGGAGCCUUGACAUACCUGGCCUGCCAACCGCAUCCUGUGACCGCUGCAAUGAUGUGUGCCUCAACUGUGUCAGCCUGACUAUGUCGGCCGUCAAUUUGCUCAAGUCCCCCGACGACCGCAACACUUGGUACAUUGGCCCCUAUGGCAUGUUCGAGAUCGGGCCUCUGCGCUUCCCGCGCGGUCGGAAGAGUGUAACGUACGUGCGUGGACGGAUGUCCGCGGAGACGUGGGCUACACGCGUUGAUGCCGAGGCGGCAGGAGUUGAGUUGGACUCAGAGACGGACGAUGACAAUGAUGAGACUGCGCGGGCGGAGUCCGGCGUAGAGAUGGGGCAUGGGGAUGUUGUAGCGGCGGGAUCGGGGUUGUAUUCAAUGAUGGAACCUGAGGAUGAUGAGACUGUGGGUGAAGAGGGCGGCGAGGGUGGAGAGGGGCUGGAAGAGGUGGACUUGGAGGAUUUAAUUAAAGAGUGGCGCGACUUUUGUUGGCUCGGACAGAAGAACGGUUGGGGGCCGUGGCUGAACGGUCUUGUAAGGCCGGCGCAUAUUGACAGGAAGAAGUGGAACGAGCGUUCACGGCGUAGGGCGGCUGCGUUAAAUGCCAGAUAUGAGGCAAAAAUUGCUGCUAAUCGGGCGAGGAGCCGACUGUAA